UGUGUGGGUGGAGGUGCUUAUCUUCCCGCCAAGAAGCUGUCAAAAUUGUCAAAAUCGGGAUAACUUUGGAGGCCCGAUCCACUGUUGUUUAUUUUUAUUAAAUCAAUCAUUGUUAUACAAAUUUAUUAAUUAAAAGUACUCAGUAAACAUGUCUAAAUCGGAAGAAAAUGAGGAAAAUUGGAUAUCGACUAUGGAUAAUCUGUGCUCUAAGUUAAACGUAGAUACAGUUGCUGCAAAAAAAGCUAAGGAUUCAUUUUUGGAAAUAAAACGUAAUUACACUUUAGAUGGUGAAGCACUUCACUGGAUGGCAUGUGCCAUGUAUGUGGCCUGCCGCACCACCAUCACCCCAACACUAUCAGGAAAUGCUGUGGUGGAAGGAAACUGUGUGUCGUUGACUAGGCUUUUACGAAUUUGCAACAUAAGCCUUAUUCAGUUUUUUAACAAAAUAAAGAAAUGGAUGGAAAUGGCAGCCAUGUCCACAGACUUCAAAGACAGGAUAUCGCACCUGGAGCACAAAUUUGCUGUAUCUACUGUGCUGUUCAGGAAGUUCCAACCAAUCUUCCAGGAAAUCUUUUCAGGAUUAACAAAUGAACCUAUGAAAAGCAGCACUAAAAGCAAGAAGCCAAAGCUACAACCAUGCACCACAAAUGCCCUGUUCGAGUUCACAUGGUGCCUGUACAUCUGUGUCAAAGGAGAGUUCCACACCUCUGCGGAUGAUCUGGUAGACAUGUACCACAUACUGCUGUCAUGUCUAGACUUUGUAUUCGCCAAUGCCUUCAUGAGCAGAAGGAUUGACUUGAUCAACCCGGGAUUUAAAGGUCUACCAAAUGAUUGGCUGAAAGAUGAUUUUGAACUGCCAAAGAAGGCACCAUGCAUCAUAUCAACAUUAUGUGAAAUCAAGGAGGGAUUGGCAGUGGAGGCUGCCACCAUGAAGGAGUACAGUUGGAGACCUGUCAUCAAAACUUUUUUUGAGAAAGGGAUUUUGCAGGGUAACAGUGAUCAGUUGACUGGUCUAUUAGAUGUAGGACUAUUUGACAUCAAUUUGAAAUCAUUGAAUAAUAAUUACGAACAUUACGUUCUCAGCGUAGGUGAAUUUGACGAAAGAAUAUUUUUAGGUGAACACGCCAAUGAACAAAUUGGUACGAAAAAUAAAGUAUCUGGUGAUGAGAUAUCUGAAGUUAUUGCAACGUUUGGACCGAGCGGGAAGGCGUGUCCCGAUACACCACUAACUGGGCGAGGGUACCUGGGCCGGCGGGCGCCGCUGACGCCGGUGUCGGAGGCCACCAACAGCAUCGCGCGCCUCGCCAACUACCUGCGCCACACCAAGCCGGCGCCGAGCCACCACAUGACCCGGCUGUUCGCUGAACGCGGCGUAUCCGAAGAAGUGAUCAACACGAGCAUCAUCCAACCCUGCAACCGCUGGAUGGAGCAGUUCUCCAACGCACUGCGAGAGACCAACUGCAGCUCGGAGACCAUCACGUUCCGCUGCAACAUGGUCACGUGUCUCUACUACAAGGUCUUCGAGCACAUCAUCAGGGAAGAGCAUAGGAAGAAACCGCAUAUUUCGCUCCAGUUGUUAGUGACACAGCAGACAUACCAGCUGUCCCUGUUCGCGUGCUGCGCGGAGGUGGUGCUGCACGCGUACGGCGCGCACUCGCUGCGCUUCCCGCGCGUGCUGCGCGUGUUCCAGCUCAGCGCCUUCCACUUCUACAAGAUCAUCGAGCUGGUCGUGCAGGCCGCCAAGGAUAACCUGAGUCGCGACCUCGUCAAGCAUCUCAACGCGGUGGAGGAGGAAGUACUAGAGUCGUUGGUGUGGACGUCGGACAGUCCGCUGUGGGAGCGGCUCGAGCAGGGCGCUAUACCGGCCUCCACCGACGUUUACAUAUCCGAGUCUCCGCUGCGAAGAAGCAACGGUGGUAUGCAGUCACCAGUGUCAACAGCGAUCGAUCGCUUCCUGCUGCCGAUGGCCGACCACGCCAAGAAGCAGCUAUUCAAAGACAACAUCAAACCAGGACAGUCACUGUUAGUACCAAACAGUAAUGUCGUAGUCAAGCAAGAGCCUCUAACACCGACACAACAGAAUUCGAACGCUGCCAGCGGCGAGACGACACCUAAUUCCACACCCAAGAAAGCCAACAACUCUCUAGUGCUGUUCUUUAGAAAGUUCUACAGUCUGGCAGUAGUCCGCAUGAACGACCUGUGCACUCGCCUGCGACUGACCGACGAGGAGCUGAAACGCAAGAUCUGGACGUGCCUCGAGCACUCCGUCAUGCACCAGACGCAUCUCAUGCGCGACCGCCACCUCGACCAGAUACUCAUGUGCGCCGUCUAUGUCAUAUGCAAGGUUUCAAACAAUGCUAACAAUCAAGUGGAGAGAACGUUUGCGGACAUCAUGCGGUGUUACCGACAGCGCCCCCUGGCGGACAAUCAUGUUUACAGAUCAGUUUUGAUCAAGCAAAGCACUGGAGACAGUUCUCCUGAGAGAGGCGAUCUAAUCAACUUCUAUAACAAAGUGUAUGUGCAGUGCAUGCAGACGUUUGCACUUCGGUUUACUGGCAAGCAUAAAGAUGAGUGCAGCCUGUCGCCCCUGCCGGCCGGGCGCGGCGACGCGCUGAGCUCGCCGGGCGGCCAGCGCGUGUCGGAGCGCCACCAGCUGUACGUGAAGCCGCUCACCUCGCCGCCGCCCGGCCUCAACCAGCUCACCUACCGCUUCAGCCGCAGCCCCGCCAAGGAUCUGCACGCGAUUAACACGAUGGUGUCGUGCGAGGUGGGCGGCAAGCGCAUGAGCGACGCGGCGCAGGACGUGGUGAAGCGCGCACGGCUCGGGCUGGCCGCGCCCGGCGUCGCGCGCAAGCUGCAGGGGCUCGUGUCCGACCGCCAGGCCGUGUGAGGUAACAUCUGGCCGCAAGGACUGCAGACAUAUGCUAUGAAUUUUGUCUUUAUUCUUCGGUAUUGCAAUAAGACUACCUAUUUUAUUUUAAUCGCAGAAGGCGGCAGAUAUUUUUUUCUAUUGGAAUAACAAACUCGCGAUCAUCUUAUUAUUUAUAAUCAAGUCUUGGAAUACAAGCCAGAAACUGUAACUGGCUCUCUUUAGUGGCUUCGCUUGUAAAUUAAUACAUUGACUUAAACUACGAAUCAAUUUUGAAAGUCAACCAAGUGUAGCAAUGACAUUUAACCUUUUAUCCUUUUUAUUUGUUAGCCCUGUGGCUGGCCCAAAGUGGGUACUUGUGCUAGGGCAUUCGUUAGACGUCGGCAGUCGCGGUGAACUGACACUCAUGAACCAUAUUGAUCUCAUCUCUUUUAUUUAUGUUGGUUAUGAUUUUAAAUAUGCCAUAAAUAAUCUAAACUUGCUCAUUGCUAAUGUAAACUAAGAUUUAAGUUAAGAAUUGAGGUAAUGGCUGUGUCAGAUCAGGUUAGUACAUAAGUCCAUGUAUUUCCGAUUCUUGAAGUACCGGCGACUGUUCCGAUGGCCUUCACAAUGUUUUUUUUUAAUUAUGUACUUGUAUUUUUAGGUAUAACUGACAAACUGCAAUAUGCGUCGCCAUCAAAUCGAUAUGUAUUUUAUUUAAGACGAUCACAAUUUAUUACACAAAAAGUAGUUUGUAGUGACUUGACUAAUAAACGAGACAGUCAAACUAAUAGUUAUGUAAAGCGGAACGAAAAUUAGUUGAAUCUGCAUUUUAUAAGGUCUAGCUUCACUUCACUUAGUUCACCUUAUUAUGACACGGUCGCGGCAGUAUAAGGACCGCUCACGUUGGAGGGUCCAACACCUUUUAAAAGCCUAAUACUUAAUUAAGGCUCAGCUUCUGUACCCCCUACAAUAUAGGUAUGCUCCCUAUACACGGUGUAACACGAGGAAACCGAAUAAUUUUAACCACGCAUAUCUGAGGUCAAAAGAAGUAAAAAAAUGUAAUAUGAGUUUAGGUCAAUUUCGCCAAAAAAAAAAUUUUUUUUUGUUUUCUUUUUUCAAUUUUUUGAAUGUAUUUGUACAUAAAAAAUAAAUUUUAUUGGUAAACUUGUCACUUAAAAUUGAUUUUUACAUUUUUUUUUCGUAGAACUUACUUUUUGCAAAUUGUUACUUGUCACUUUUUGACAUCUAUCAAUAAGGAUAUUUAGACUACGUCCCAUAGCAGCAACAUCACCAUUAAAAACACUAUGUAACAAUAAAAACUUGUUUUAUUUUUAAUUAAUAAUAUCUCUGAAACUAGGCGAAUUUCAAAAAAGUUUAUAGGACAUUUUUGUCUCUAAAUAUGAUCAGGAAUACGCUGUUAAAAUUAUUCGGUUUACUCAUGUUACACCGUGUAUAAUUGUUAUACUUGCACGUUACGAAUUCUCGUUCGCAUUACACGUCUUUUCGUUGAGCUGUCUCUACCAAUAUAGUUUCUCAAGUUAAGUUUUAAACAUAAGUGUAUACUUUUCUUUAUAUUAAAAUUGAAAGAUUACCUAUCAUGCACUCGCUGGAUGGAAUCGUAUAAUUUCGGCGAAACUAUUUAAAUUGCUUCCAUGUUGAUUUAAUUAUUUUUUAGAAUUAAGUUAAUCAGAGUAAACAUUAAAAUCAAAUUUGUUUUAACUUUAAUCAAAAUUAAAUGAUUGUGUAUAUUUCGGACAUAACCAUUUUAUCAUGUAUUGUAUGAAGAGUACUAUGUAUUUAGGGUUAGUAAAAGAUGUGUAUGUAA